GGCAGUGCAAAUGAGUGUCGUUCGGCGCCCUCCUUUUUUCGAGGCGCGGGAACAUCUGGCGACAAGGUGAUGACAGUGUUACCCCCCCCACUCGGCAACGCCCUCACCCCCACCACGUCGAAGGGUGGCCGCACCAGCGGCGAACACGAGCACUACCAUGCCAGAAGAAAUUGGCAAGCACGUGUGGGAGUCCUGUCACCAACAGAUGCGUGGACCGACUGUUGAGAACAUAACGAACGGGGUGUGGACGAUGCGUGUUGCAAGCGAUGCCGAUGCGGAGGACACCCGGAGGGCGACUGGUGACGAAUCUUCAUAUUUUUAUUGCGAGGACGAAGCGGACGAUGCGGAGGAGUUGGAGAUUCGACCCCUGGGUGUAGGUCGUAGAGGGAGGGGUGGAUGCGGGUGUCAACAGAAUCAGGGAUCCCGUGGUGGUCGAAUAUCGAAGGCUCCCGCAGGCGACAAGGGUGGCAAGCAUCCGACAUGGAAUGUUGAGGAGAUGCUAAAGCUCGCUCGGGCGAAGCGGGAUCAGCAAGCUCAUUUCAUUGGAAUGUCGCACAACGACGGGCGCGUGCACAACAAGGAAUGGAAGCUGCAGGACCUGCAGAAACGUUUGGUGGAGGUGUGCGUGAAGAGGACGACCGAUGACAUUUGGAAGAAGUGCAAUAACCUCUUCCAAUCGUAUAAGAAGCAAGUGUACCUUGGGAUCGAUAAGAUCUCUCAAGGCAAUAAAACCAUCUACCCUGACAACCUCACCGACACGAGCGCCUGUGGAGAAGUGGAGAUGUCGGGGGACAUGCACCGUCCGCCAUCGGUUGAAGGAGAAUCCGUCGCCGAGGGAGACACCGGUGAUGACAACGACGGAGAUGGAGGGUCGGCGCGGGGGUCUAGGUUCGGUGCAGGCAGCACGGGCGGCGCUGGCAAGAGGAAGAUCAUGCGCCAACAAACGAUCAACAACAUCGUCGAAGUCAUGGAGAAGCACGGUGCAUUGAUGGCGGACAAUGUGGAGGGGGCAAGCAAGCAGCAGUGUUCCAUCCUGGAGCUGCAAUGCGACAGACUCGAGCGCGAGGUCGACGCCAAGAAGCGGCACUAUGAGGCGUCCAACGAGGAGAGCAAGAUGAUGUGCACUGCGUUGAUGGAGAUUGCGAAAGACAUCAGGGACAGGUCCUGAUGCCGCCUCAGCUCUGCGGUCGGUCGUCAUGCCAAUGCAUGUGUUGACAUUGCAUCCCUCACUUUUCGUCGGUGCCGCAAUUAUG